AGUAGCUAAUCGAAACGGAUGUUAAAGUAAACCCAACCUGUUUGGAGAAAUAGAACGGAAAACCUUUCUCGUAAAACCCUUGAUCGUUGCCCCCGCCGCUGCCGUUCAUUUACUCCCUUCCUCCGCCUCGUCAGUAGCGUACGAGACGCUGCCGCUCCUCUUCAGCCGCCGCCGCCAGUUUUCUCUUUUGCCGCGAGGUCCCUUCAAGUUGCUCCCCAUCCCUUGUCCUCCUCUCCGGACGCUACCACUUUCGACGCCAUACGAAUCGGCUUUCCCUACCGUCCUACUCACCGCAGAUCUGCACUGGCUCCAGGAUUCUGAAUCCGCGUCUUCUGGUUCUGCCAGCUUCUGGCCCGCUGUCCCUCUCUUCUCUUCUCCAGCGAAGAGAAUCACAGGCGAGCAUUUGCUUCGAUCCAAGUGAACUUGCCCUAAUUGAGCUACCACUUUGACGACAAGGUCAACACACCAUCACUUACUAAAGUGCUUCUUGCCUUGUUCUUCUCUCUCGUCAUCACUAUAACCCCAAGUAACCUUCAGCCAGAUGAAUUCAAUGCCUUCAGAUUCUGCAUCAAUGAGCUUUGUUGAUAGAGUCGUCGUUCCAGGCGACCAUGUUUUGGAUCUUACCGGAAUGGCUAAUCAGACCAUCAAAUUGGGGGCAGGGCUGCGUCAGGAUGGUGAUGCAAUAUCGGUCAUGAAGGCUGGGAAGUUGAGAAUUUCAAAGCCCAACAAAUAUUGGGUCGAAAGUUCUCACAAAAGGUAUGUGCCUUGCGUGGAGGAUACAGUUCUUGGCAUUGUGGUGGAUUCUAAAUUUGAUAACUUUUUGGUUGACAUAAAAGCUCCUAUGUUGGGUUUGCUUCCUGUUCUUGCAUUUGAGGGUGGAACUCGAAGAAACAUACCCAAGUUUGAGAUUGGUACUCUACUGUAUGUCAGAGUAGUCAAAGCUAACAACACCAUGAAUCCUGAACUUUCUUGCAUGGAUGAGACAGGGAAAGCUGCCGAGUUUGGUCCCCUGAAAGAUGGCUACAUGUUCGAAACCUCGACUGGCUUAGCACGCAUGUUGCUAAGUUCUCCGCCCUGCCCGAUUCUUGAGGCUCUCGGGAAGAGUUUGUCUUAUGAAAUUGCCAUUGGUUUAAACGGCCGUGUCUGGGUGAACGCUGCCUCCCCAUCGACAGUCAUUCUGGUAUCGAAUGCAAUCAUGAAUUCAGAGUUUUUGAGUGCUGCGCAGCAAAAGAUCAUGGUGGAGAAACUCAUGAAGAGACUUCAGUGAUGGUUAGUGUUUGUUAAUGUUGUUUUGGGUCCUUUUUCUUGUUCUAGCUCACUAUGCCCCUAUGAACCCAAACCGGAAUGUUGUUCAAAGAUUUAUUCCAUCGACAAAUUUCUUCUCAUAGGUUGUUUCGUACGCA